CGGCUCAGAGGAAGCGGAAGUGUCAGAGCAGGCGGAAGUGGUACUGCCCUGAAGACCCUGAGCAGCGAGCGGAGGACGGCUUGAUAAACUCGCAUCUUCCAGAGACUUCAAUCGGCACUCCGAGCACGCUCCAAAUGGAAUCAUCAAUCUACUUCCACAGGGCGCUCAGAGGUCAGCCUAAAAGAUGGAUAAGAACGACCUGGUGCAGAAAGCCAAGCUGGCAGAGCAGGCCGAGCGCUACGACGACAUGGCGGCUGCCAUGAAGGCCGUGACGGAGCAGGGCCUGGAGCUCAGCAACGAGGAGCGCAACCUGCUCUCCGUCGCCUACAAGAACGUUGUGGGGGCCCGUCGUUCAUCCUGGCGCGUCAUCUCCAGCAUCGAGCAGAAGACGGAGGGGAACGAGAAGAAACAGGUCAUGGCCCGUGAUUACCGCGAGAAGAUCGAGUCUGAACUCCAAGAAAUCUGCCACGACGUGCUGAAUCUGCUCGACAAAUUCCUCAUAGCCAACGCAUCUCAGGCAGAGAGCAAGGUGUUCUACCUCAAAAUGAAAGGAGACUACUUCAGAUACCUGUCGGAGGUGGCCUCUGGGGACUCAAAGAAGGAUACGGUAGAGAACUCUCAGCAGGCCUACCAGAACGCCUUCGACAUCAGCAAGAAGGACAUGCAGCCGACGCACCCCAUCCGGCUCGGCCUGGCCCUCAACUUCUCCGUCUUCUUCUAUGAAAUCCUCAACUCUCCUGACCAGGCCUGCAGUCUGGCCAAGCAGGCUUUCGACGAGGCGAUCGCCGAGCUCGACACCUUGAACGAGGACUCGUACAAAGACAGCACGCUGAUCAUGCAGCUACUAAGGGACAACCUCACUCUGUGGACAUCGGAAAACCAGGGAGAUGAGGGCGAAACCGGCGAUGGAGAGAACUAGAGCGCACUUCACUGUUAACCCAUCCCCACUCUCUUCCUCUUCCUUUUAUCUCUCCUCCUCUUUCUUCUCUUCUUCCUCUCUUCGUACACAUAAACAGCCCAUUCAUUCCCUCGUCCCACUCGUUCAAGCCUAGCCUCCCGACUUCCCUUCUGUAUAACCAACAGCAUGAAUAGUACCUGACCUUCACCAAUCAAUUUAAAGAAAAAACAAAGGAGGGGGGUAAAAAAACAAAAGACGACAGAACCUUCCCCGUCACCCCGAGAUCCUUCAUCCCUCCUCCCUCCGGCCUUUCCUCCCCUCACCAUGGCACUCCAAGGCCGGCCAGCGGGUGACGGCCUCGUCUUAUAGCACGCAGGGAGGGUUUUUAUCCACAACCACAAAUUCAAUUCAUGUUUUUAAAAUCCACAAAGCCCCGUUUUUAUCCUCCUCGUUUUUAUUUCCUUCCUCCUCCAUUCCUUCCAUUCUUCCUCGCUCCUCUUCCCUCCUUCCUAACAUCUCGGUAUGUUCUCUCCCCCUUCCCUUCCUCCCCUCCUCCCCUCUCUAGCGAGUUAAUGCAUUUAUAUAGUUGUCCAUCCCUUUUUCUUUUUGGCUAUUCUUAGUGUACUGGCUUAAUGGCUGGUUUUAUUCCACAUUACAAAAAAACGAAAAAAGGUUAUUAAACUGUCCGUUUAUUUUCAACAAACACUGUGAUGCUUAGUUUUUCCUCCACCAGAUUUAAUGGUCGAAUUGAUAUUGAGCUGGGAUUGAUCGGGGGUGUGUUUGAUCAGCAGUGCCGUUCUGCUGAGGUUUAUACAGAAGGGUCCUCCUCCUAUACAAGGCUGUAUUGUGACACUGACAAACCUAAAAACAAACGUGUUUUACCUGCUGUGUAACUCAACACUCGCCGCUUUUUCCACUUUUAAUUUCCUCUCUAACCGGGACCGGGGUUUUAUUCCAAGCCACUCUGCGUAUUUACAGUUUGGAGCUUUAAAACAAACAAACAAACAAACAAACAAACUAAACGAUUCGGAUAAUUAUUAAAUAGAAUUGAAAACAUUCCAUUUUAAUGUUCGAGAAGAUUUUAAACGUCUUUCACAACAAACGGGACCUGCCUGCCUCCUGGGAUCCGCCUCCUGUCCAGGUGCUGUUGAACAUCUGUAUUGUCCCUGAAGUGAAUUCCUGUUUAUUUCCCUCUGCGGUUGCUUUUUUUUUUUUUUUUUUUUUUUUUUUUUUUUUAUGUGUGUGUGCGUUUGUGUGUCUUUGACAAAUCAAACCCUUUGUUCUGUUAUUUUGAAAACUGUAAAAUUGUAAAACAUUUUUAGAGCUUAACUGUAAAUCUGUCUUUUAGAGAAACUCAACGGUUUUGUCGAUAUUGUUCGUUGACACCUGCUUGUAAAGAAACCUUGAAGCCGUUACAGUCAGAUACUGUUGUUAUUAUUCUUUGGCAUUUAUGAGCAGAUCCUUUUUCUUUUUCUUUUUUUUUGGGGGGUACUCUCAUGUCCCUCUGAUUUCCCGUCAGUUCUACGAAUCCAGAAAAUGUCCCCUCGCUGUUGAGCGGUGUGAUCUCCCAAUAGGAAUGCAUGCCUCCCGUGUAUCACCAUAUAAAUCUACCACGAGCAUCGAGUGGGGGAGUUGUUCGCUCUGUGGAUUCACACUCAAACUCGCUGCUGCCACGGUUUCAAAAAAAAAGAGUUGAUGAGUUCAUUCUUGACGUUUGAAUCAGGCCAAAUCUCAAUCGAAGGAUAUUUUCCUCUAAAAUAAAAAAUCGAGGAGGCAGCGAGUGUCAGUGUCGCCUUCGGCAACAGGUACGUGCGUUGAAGUAGCCGAAUCUGCUGGCAGCCGAUCAGCCAAUCAUCUGUUUGUGGAAGAGAGAACCUGUAGUGGGAUCAUGGUUUUUGUUUUCAGGCCGGAGUUCGUUUAAAAAAAAAAAAAAAACCCACGUGUGUAGGUUUGAAGGCGACCCUCGGAUUCUCUCGUAGGAAAAGAGGAAACGCUCAGCAGCAACUAUACAACGGUGUCAUCUGCAGACAGGAAUCACACACACGUGGUUCAUGACUCGUUCUGAGGAGACAAAUCCCAAACGAGACGCCGAGGAGCGUCGGCGGGUGUCAGUCGAUCGGAAUCAAAAGUCGAAACAGUCGAAUAAUCAGUGUCACAAUAACCUUGUCAUUAACCAUCUCGACAUUCCACUCUAGGUGUAGAAGAGUCACGUCUCAAUGUUUUGUUUUUUUUUUCUUUCGCUGGGGACAAAUGUUUUCAUGCACUGAAAUUUAAAAGUUAAAAAAAAAAAAAAACGAUAAUUCCUCCCUGCCGCUCUUUUUCUCGAUAGCUGAACAGAAAGGCAGUUAUUCUUCGCUUUAUAAGGAAAAAAAAUGAUCCCAUGCAGUAGUGAAUGUGGCACCGAGCCUGUCUGUAUAUCUGGUAUCUCAAAUCUUUUUGUUUUUACUGACCAGUAUUCUGCUUAAAAAAAAAA